GACGAGCCGAGCUGAGCCGAGCGGAGCCGAGCGGGGCUGAGUCGAGCUGAGCCAAACCGAGCCGAGCCGAGCGGAGCCAAACCGAGCCGAGCCUAGCCGAGCCGAGCCGAGCGGAGCGGGGCGGGGGGCCCGGCGGGCGGGACCGCGGCUCUCGGCGCUCUCGCUGCCCGCAGCCCUCUCCGCUACAGCCGCCGGGGACAGCGACCUUGCGCGGUGCCGCCCGGCCCGGCCCGGCUCGCAUGCCGCCAUGGGGAGCCGCUUCUCCAGCAUCCCCGCGCUGCCCCGCGGCGGCCAGGGCCGCCUGCACCGCGCCCGGCACCACCGCCUCAAAGAUUCCAUUGGUGGGUCGUUCUCAACCUCCUCCCACCGAUGCCACCACAAGCAGAAGCACUGUCUCCCCAUCCCACAAUGUGGAACUCUGUCCAUCAGCCCUCUGCUUUUCCAUCCUCACACAAAGGGAUCCCAGAUCAUCAUGGACACAACACAGAAGGUGGUGAAGCGCCAGGCCAGCUUCUGCAAUGCCAUUACCUUCAGCAACAGGCCCAUUGUUAUUUAUGAACAAAUCAGGCUUAAGAUCACUAAAAAGCAGUGCUGCUGGAGCGGGGCUCUUCGGCUCGGCUUCACCUCCAAGGACCCAUCCAGGAUUAACCCUGACACUCUGCCAAAGUACGCCUGCCCUGACUUGGUUUCCCAAAGCGGGUUUUGGGCCAAGGCUCUGCCAGAAGAGUUUGCCAACGAGGGAAACAUCAUUGCCUUCUGGGUGGACAAGAAGGGGCGGGUGUUCUACCGGGUGAACGACUCGGCUGCGAUGCUGUUCUUCAGCGGCGUGCGGACGGCGGAGCCGCUCUGGGCGCUGAUCGAUGUCUACGGGCUCACCCGCGGGGUGCAGCUCUUGGACAGCGAGCUCAUCCCUCCGGACUGCCUGCGGCCGCGCUCCUUCACGGCCAUCCGCCGGCCCUCGCUGCGCCGGGACACGGAGGACACGCGCCUCUCGGUCAGCCUGUGCGACCUCAACCUGCAGGAGGACACCUUCCAUGUCACGGCCACCACCUGCCCCAUCCCGCAGAACUCCCUCAACUCCCAGCACUCCCACCUCCUGCCGUCCCAGCUGGAGAGCGACCUCCGCUUCCACCACCUCCGGGGACCCCACGUCAAGAUCCUCGACGACCAGACCGUGGCGCGCCUGGAGCACGCCCGGGAGGAGAGGACUUUGGUGUUCACCAGCAGGCCCCUUCGCAUCAACGAGACCAUUUUUGUCAAAAUCAACAAGUCGAGCGCCGUGCGCACGGGGACGCUGUCCUACGGGGUGACGUCCUGCGACCCCGGCACCCUGCGCCCCGGUGACCUCCCCUACAACCCCGAAUCCCUGCUCGACAGAAAGGAGUUCUGGGCCAUCUGCCGAGUGGUGGUGCCCCUCCAGAGCGGAGACAUCCUGGGAUUUAUGGUGAAUUCUGAUGGUGAGCUGCACCUGAGCCACAACGGUGCUGGCAUUGGCAUGCAGGUCUGCACGGACUGUUCCCAGCCCCUCUGGAUGUUCUUCGUUUUACACGGUGCCAUCAUGCAAAUUCGAUUGCUGGGUUCCACCAUAUUAGCAGAGCGGCUGGGACUGUCGACCCCGAGCUCGCCCACGUCAACACCCAAUUCCCCCACUGUCCUCUGCACUGGUGUCUCUGGGCCCUUGCUGUCUACGUGUGGCUCUGGCCCCCUCUGCAGCUCUAUCAGUGGCACAGCUCCCAACUCUCCAAGCAGCCUGCCUGAGUCACCCCUCACCCCAUCUGUCUCAGGGCCCUGGGGAGAUGAAUGCACCAUCUGCUAUGAGAACAUGGUAGACACAGUCAUUUACUCCUGUGGACACAUGUGUCUCUGCUAUUCAUGUGGGCUGAAGCUCAAGAAGAUGUCCAAUGCCUGCUGCCCCAUUUGCAGACGGGCCAUCAAAGAUAUCAUCAAAACAUACCGCAGCACUUAGAGCAGCAGCUGAUGCCAUGGUGGGGACUGGGCACGUGGGGAGGAGGCUGUGAAACAACACAGGCUUUUAUUCAUCACCCAGGAGAUUCAGAGCCCAUCACCCACCAUCACCCUGACCUCCUCUUCCAUGGACAACAGAUGAGACAAGCUUAGAUGCUGCUCUUCUACCCCCCAAGCACGCCCUGGGGCUGAACUCCAGUGUCAGGGAAGUUGUGAUGGACUACUCUCCCUUGUGGAUCUUGAACUUGAUCUCAAAAAAUGCCAGCUGGUGCAAUCAUCCCUUUCUACACCAUACACAGCAGAGGGGAGUCUCUACUCUUUGGCAUAGACAGCAAGUGGUAAAAGGUUCAGUGGUACACAUCUCCUUCCAGAGGCACCCCACAUGCAGAGACAGCUUAGCAGAAGAGAAGAAAUGAGCAAUGUGUUUCUGUGUACAACCAGCCUGACCAGAGGAGGCUCCUUGGAAAGGACAGAGCAAGGCAAGCAUUGACCCAGCAAGGGAGGUGCAGUGAGCACUCUCACAGCAGAGAGGUUGGGGCCAGUGCAGAAAAGAACCCAAGAUUUGCAAAGCAAAACCCACCCCAUAUCUGCAGAGAGAAGAGCAGACCUAUGACAGCCCCUUGAGGGCUGUCCCCAACUCCCCCAUUGCCAUUCUCUGACAGAGGCUUUCGUGGUGGUUUUGGCAAUGAACACUGGCAACAGCUCUGCUCCCUCCCAGCAGCAUCAGCCACCUCCUGUCACCACCCUGUUGCAUGACGAGCAGCUCCCAAACCCCCACCACCCUGCGUGGUCUGCACACAGCACAAGGGAUUCAGCAGCAUCUCUUCUCCCACGGGCCUGUGGCAGAGGGAGACACAACUCCCUCACCUUUCUCCCCCUACCAUCCAGACAGCACUUGUGAGGAAAAACCCCAGCCUCACCGGGGAAGAAUGUAUAAACCCACAUCUGUGGGUUACCUUUACUGGUAACUUUAUCACUGUGCUUUAAGAAAAACCAGCCAGGUGGUUCUCAGCUCUUCACAGCCACACCGCCAGGACAUGGCUGUCCUUAUGUGUUAGGAAGUAAGGAAUGAGAAAAAAAAAUAAUUUGAUGGGUUUGGUUUGCUUUGGUUUAUCUAAAUCUCCUUCUCUCCUGCCUGAGCCAGGAACCUGGCUGUGCCCAGCAGGGACAAUGCUGGCUCCCAUGGCUCCCAUGCAAACAAGUGCUGCUCUGCCCCGGCCACAGGUGUGACCCAGGGCUGCUGGCCCUUGGGCCUGGGCUGGGUGGUCUGGCAGUGGUAGGAGCUCUCUGCCUCCCUUCCAACCCAUCCUGCUGCCUUCCUGGGCUGCAGGGGAGGGAGGGACUCUGUCUGGGUCCUGGGGCAGGGUAGGGCUAGGGUGCCAUGGCAGUGGAGUUAGCCCCACCACACCAUGGAUCUGGCCAGACCAGGGAAGGCUGUGGAGCCACAGCCUUGGUGCUGAGCUUUUUCUUGCACCUGAGCAUUUGGCCAGUGAUGGGAUAGGGGGCAACAGUGUGGUGUAGGGAUAACAGCAUUUUAUGCACAGGUGGGUUUUGCCACCCACACUGGCAGAGGCUGCUCCUAAAAACACCUGGGAAACACAUCCUUGCUCUGUCUCUCAAGGAGAUACAAAGAGACUACUCACCUGGGAACCAUUGUAGAGCCUUUCUCUGCAGGUGCCACCAUCACUGCAGCCUACCUGGGGUCUGCAGCUGCCCCCAGCCUGCCCUGCAGGCAGCACUAACUUGAACACUGAUUCUCUUGGUGACAGGGAUUGGUGUUGUUUCCUGGCCCAAACCCAGCCCUGCCCCCAGGCCAGCUGCCAGAAGCUCCAGAGCUCGUGGCUCCCAUUCCCAGGUGCCUCACUGAGGGGCAGGAUGAGGCCAGUUGGCACAACCUGGGGAAGUCAGAGCAGCCCUGCAAGGAGCACAGCUGGUCCUCAGGCACACAGCCAGCUCCAGCUGUGACCAGCACACACAGGGAGCUUUUGUCAGAAGUCACACAAAUCCAGUUAAAAGAUUUCAAAAAGGAGGAGUGCAAGGGGUAAGAAGAUGUUGAUGAAAUAGUGGAUGUGGGGAAACGUGCAAUAAGCAGCCUCCCGAGCCUUCACCACACCAGUGGGACCAGUCCCCCUCCAUGCAGGGAAAGCCAAGGGGUAAAUUUUAUUUUUUGAGAAAUUCCAUCCAUGGGUACCAGUGCAGUGGUGUAAAUUCCCUUUUCACCUUUUGAAUUGAGAGUGUUUUAAUAUAUUAACUGUGUUUGUUUUACUGUGGACCAAACUCUAGGAGUUAGCAGAAGCUGAAAGCUCCCCCAGCAUCUGAGUUCAAAAAUUGGGGUUCAGUCCUACCCCUGCAUAGGCUGGCCUCCAGCUGUAAGCAGGGAGGAGAAAAAGGCUCUCUCCAGGGAGGAAAAAAAAAAACCAGCAAAACCAACAAAAAUAACAAAAAUCCUAAUCUUUUGUUUUGUUUGACUGGUGUAGGUUCCCAUGUACCUCUGUGUUGUGUCAUCUGCAUUUCAUUGCUUUACUUUAAGAUGUUUUGUGUUCUGUUUAAAGACAAGAAUAAUUCAUUGUGAAAAAUUGGAUAACUGUGAUCGUGAAUAAAGUUGAUUUAGAUAUCCUGCA